UCCCCCUCUCCUGGGCAACCCCCCCCUUUAAAAUCUUUUUUAUAGGGUGGGUUCGCUUUUCGGGGGAGGGGGGCGGGCUGAGACCGGACGGCAACUCAUCGCCCCCCACCGCAGCCCCCCGCCGAGGGGCGGGGCGGCCUUGCGGGGGGGAUGGGAAAGGCGUGCGGCCCCUUUAAAUUUACCCAGGAGCCCUUAAAGGAGCCCCAGGGGCCCCACGGCGGCGUCCCCACCCCGGCCGGCCCCUGCCCGCCACCGUCGCCGCCGCCCCGGGCCCCGCCAUGGAGCCCCCGAACCCCCACCCCGACCCCGGACCUCUCCCGCACCCGGACCGCCCAGCCUCCCCGCCAGAGCCGGGACCGCGGGGGGGCCGUCGGAGCUCAGACCACUGCGAAGCUCGAGCGUCGCGGCCGGGUCGGAGCCGUAUCCCGGGUCGGGAUCACCGUCGGUAUUACCACGAACGUUGGCGAGCCGAAUACCUGAUGGAGUUCAACGCGGCGCGACACGGGAUGCUCUGCAUGGUUUGCGGCAGCGCCCUCGCCACCCUCAAGCUCAGCACCAUCAAGCGCCAUAUCCGGCAGAAACAUCCCUAUUCCGGCGCUUGGGGACCCCGCGAGAAGCAGCUCGUCCUCCGCUCCUGGGAUUCCCACCUGGGUCUCCACGCCCACCCCGACGGACCCCCCCGGUGCCGGUGGUGGCAGCGGGACAGGCUCCCCGUCCCCCACCCGUCCCCGCCGUCAUCGUCGUCGAGGCUGCCCGCGUCCCCCGUCCCCCCGAGGCGGGAAAACGUCCCCUUCGGGGUUACCGGUGACGAGGGUCCGCCCGGGGGGGGACUCGCUCCGGGGGUGGCUGCGGGCCGAGCUGCUGCUGGACCUGGAGGCGGGGGGGAACCGGCUGCGGUGCCUGCUCUGCGCCCGCGCCCUGCCCUCGCUGCACCUCGGGGACAUCCGCCGCCACGCGCUGGCCGCCCACCCCGGCACCCUCCGCCUCGGCCCCGGCGAACGUGGGGCGCUCCUGCGCGCCUGCCGGGGACGGGGACACGGGGGCGGCGAUGGUGUUCCUGA